GUGAAUUGCAAGCCUUGCGUAUCGGACAGCGCAUGUGUACGCACUUCAGCCGCGAUUGACGGGGAUGAUUUGACGUCUCUCCAAUCAAUACGCUCGCCCAAUGCCGGCCACUAACGGAGGUACGAAGUCUGCGACUUGGCUCCCCAUGUCUUAACAUAUUCACUCGAUGGUUUGUCCUUGACGCCCUGCACCUUCUGCACGACCACACGAGUCGUUGUGCACUGCAUGCGACACUUAAGCUGCACGCCACUGCGUUCUCCUUGAUCGUCAUGCCCAAACAAGACAUUUUCCAAGAGAAAAAACGAAAGAUUCUACAAGCACUGAGUAAACCGGACGACGAAUAUACAGACUCGUCGCCCAUAGGCGCUGUUGACCCGAACAUACGACAGCUCGUAGACCAAAUCAACGAGACUGAUGGCUAUGUCACAACGAGUAGCUGCGCCGGGCGAAUCUCCGUAUUCCUGGAAGGAGCCGCAAAAGUGAAAGAUGACAGCGGCAUCGACGAAGGCAGGACUUCUUCAUCCGCUCAAGGCAAGGGUGGUGGCAGCUGGCUUUUCGUCUCGCACGACCCGGUAGACGUGCGAACUGUUCAAGAAUACGGCGCUCUAUUCGAAUUAUUCUCACUGCCGAAAGAUGCCCGCAGAUCUUUCCCGUCGGCAGACGAAAACGUCAGGUUUGUGCAUUUCAAGUUCGAGCCUAUGAUCCUCCACAUUCUCACCUCUUCUCUUGCGCACGCUCAACACUGCCACUCAGCAGCCAUGUCAGCUGGCUUUCGCGAAUCUGGCAUCGUAGGCGUCACAGGCUCCGAACCCACGCCACAUGUUGCUGUGCGCACGCAAGGUCUCGCUUUGGAGAGUAUCAUUGCAUAUCAAGACAGUGCUGGGGCCAUAUGGCCAAUGGUACCGGAACAGUAUCUACUGACGCUUUUGAAUCUUGCGAAUCAGCGCUUUGUCGCGAAUGCGGAGAGGAAGGAACGUUUUGCUCGCAAUUUGCUACAAUCUAAGGGGGAAGAUCACAGAAAAGGUGACGCGGGUGACUGGGAGCCUGCAGAUGUUAGGCGAGAGAGGAAGCGAGCUGAAGGUCUAAAGCGGAAGGAGGAGCUACAGAGACUGCAGCAGUCAGGGAGCGCAGAGCUGGAGAAGGAACAUCAUGACAACGAAGUCUCAUAGCAUUGAAUCAACGUGGAAGAUACCUGAGGGCGUGGAAUUCUCUGCACCUUAGGACAUCAAAGUGAUUGGGUUUGUACUACUUGUGGGCGCUAAUCGACGAGAUGAUCGUCAGGCAAGAAGCAAGACAGGACUAGCGAAUUUCGAAGUCGAGCCUCUCUGUUCAAUAUGUCCACAAGCAUCUUGCAAGCCGCCAGAGAAGGUUUCCCUACGUGAAGCUCCAUGCAAAAUGCUCAUGCUUCAAAGCCAUCCACUCCUGCCAAAAGGAGCGACAAAGGC